AUGAGCUUCCCAAAAUCCAAAACUGUUUAUGAUGAUAAAAAAUACAUCGAUACAGAAUUUGCAAACUAUCUCAGGGGUGUUACAAGUGUCCACUUUGAAACAGAGUAUGAUUUAAAACUUGAACGUGAAGCUCGUGCAAAUAUAGAAAGGUUAACCCAAGAAGAGCAGGGCUCUGAAGGACUUGCACAAGUAGAAGUAUCCCAAUCAUCAACUUCUUAUAAUAAUCCUCCGAAAAGCAUCCCAUCACCAGUUUCAAGCAUUCCUCAUGCUGAUGAGAGUGGAAUUGGGACUUUGGCAUCUCGAGGAUCUCGCCGUAAACGAACAUUCGGGGGCGAUAAUUCGAGGCCUGGCACAGCUCCAGGCCCUGUCAAGCCUCUCAUAAAGCAAACCUCUAUAGAGCCAAAACCUCAAAUCGCGUCCUCAGUUGGUUUCGAGCAGCGUCCAUUCACAUCAAAUAUCCAUGAAGAAGCCAAAAUCCCAAAAUUUUCUGAAGAAGAUUCCUCUGAAAAAAUGCAAAUUAAGCUAUUAGAAGCCCAGUUAACUAAUUUAUUAGCACAAAAAGAAAGACUUAUAUUAGAUCAAAGGAUAAGAUUUGAAAAUCAAUUUAAACAAGAAUGCAAAUUAUUAGAGACUGAGCAUCAAAAUAAUUUGCAGCAGCUUAAAGACUGAUUUGACGCUAAACAAAAAACGCUUGAAACUUCAAGAAGGCAGCAAGAAAAGCUUCUUUCUUUAUCACAAAUAAUAUCUAAAAAUACCCAAACAAUUACAGAUUUAGCACAACAAUUCACAAGGGAUAAAAAUUAUAGUGAAAAUAUAAAAGAACAAGAAUUCGUUGUAAAAGAAAAAAGUCUCGAUCAAAGACAAAAUAAAAUAAAUUUAAUAGCUGACCAAAUAGAGCAAGAAAAACAAAAAUUUUUAAAUAGGAAAAAAAAUGCUGAAGAAGCAGAAGAGCAAAGGAGAAAUAUGAUAUGGCAAGAGAAAGAGCACCUGAAAAGCGAGCUAGAAAAGCUGGAAAGGUUCCAAGAAGAAAUGAAAGAAUUCGAAAGAGAACAAAAGAAAAAUUUAUCACUAGAGCAGCAUAAAGUAUACUAUUUUAGUUAAAUUAUAAUAGAAUUUACUGUUGUUUAAAAAUAAAUAUACUUUAAAAAAUUAUUUAAAAAAUUCAUAUUAACAAAUCAUAAAUUUAGCAAGGGAAGAACAUGAGAGGGAAGAAAAAAUGAUGUGAGAAGAAGUCGAACUUCAAGAAAAAUCUUUAUAUGAAAAAGAGCUUGAAGUUGAAAAUGAAAAAAACCAAGCCAUUUCUGAAAUUCAGCAAGAAAAAAGCUCAAUCCAAGUUCAGCUGUCUUCGAUUGAUAAUUUUGUGAAAAAUAUUUCCAAUUUAAAUUUAGACUUGAAUUACAGGUCCAAAAUUUGUGAAGAAAAAGAAAAAGAUUUGGAUUUUGAAGUUAAUUAUAAUAGGAAACAAAAAGAGGAGCUGGAGAGAAAUAAGGAAGAAUUUAAUGUAGAAGCACAAAAAGUGCAUGAGCUUUCUAUUGAAAUAGGAAGGCAGACUGAAAAUAUUGUAUUUAUGAGAGAGGAAUUAAGCAACGUAAAGCUCGAAUUAAACCGAAAAAAGCAGGAAGCCUUAAAUUUCCUCUCGACCUCCAAAAUGGAAAAACUUAAAACCGAACAAAAAACAAAAGAGCUGUUAACCAGAAUGAGAAGCUUUGAAAAUAUCAGGUUUUCUAGCACCAGAACAAUAGAAAUCCCAAAGCUCGAACCGAUUGAUACUGGGGUUUUAUCAAGACCUGUAUCUCCAAGAAAAUCACGAGGCUCCCUAACAGAAAGAUCAACCUUCAGAGCUAGUGAAUAUUUAAAAGAUAUAGAAAAAUACGUUAAAGACCAACAUGAAUUCCACAGCUAUUUGCAUGAAGAAAACAAUGAUCUUCUAGCAGGCAAAAUAUUGUACGAAGGGAGCUUUACUGAAAGCUUAUCUGCAUCAAUACAAUUACCUAAAUUAAAAUUUUAA